AUGUUCUACUCGGAGUCGCUGCUCACCAAGACGGGGCCCUUGGCUCGCGUCUGGCUCGCCUCCAACCUCGAUCGAAAACUCACAAAGGCCAACGUUAUCCAGGCCGACUUGCAGGAGAAUGUGAAGAGCAUCAUUGGAGAUGAUCAGGCACCGAUCGCGCUGCGAAUGAGUGGGCAACUAUUGCUGGGAGUGGUCAAGAUCUACAACAGAAAGGCGAGGUACCUGGAGACAGAUUGUGGUGAAGCCCUCCACAAGAUUAAGCUGGCAUACCGACCUGGCCGCGACGUGGACCUGCCAGCCGAUCACUCGCACAAGGCAAAUCCGCAAGCGUUGAUACUUGCAGACACUAUUACAGAACUUGACCUUUUCGCGCCACUGCCCGACCCAGAUGCCAUCCUACGAGCGCCCGAAGAGCGCGCACCUGGACAGGACCCCACACUGCUCGACUUCGGUAUGAGCCAGAUGCUUGAUAGCCAAACGCCAACCCGAACACAACAGAGGCGAUUACUCGAACUUGACGACGACGAUCUUGGCCUUGAUAUCGGCGAUGGUCAAGACGAUGGUCUGGCAGGUACUCCAAUGAGCGACGGCCCAUCUAUCGAACAAGGACGACGUGCACCCACUCCACGAGGCGAUGAGCCAACUAUGCUUCAGGACGAUGACUUGGGUCUCGACCUCGGCUUUGGCGCUGACACGACUCUUGGCGGCAACGAUGGCCCCAUCGUGGGCAUGGACGACGACUACCCAAUGGGUGGUCUCAACAACGAGGAGAUUGGCGAGGCAAACGAGCAGGCACUCCGAAAAGCAGACGCUGCUGCUGAGCGUGCUCGACGAUCCGAAUCCGUCCUCUCAUCCGUUCGCCCAAGCGUAGAACGCGAUCUAGAGGAGACAUUCCGACUCGAUCAAGCCGCACUCCAGGACGAAACGGAGCAGGAAGUCCAAGCCGCACAGCGUGUCAAGCGGAGAAAAGUCAUGCGCAUGGACAACGAGACAGAACUGCACAACAGCCAGAUCAAGAGGCAACAAGAAGACCGCUCUAACAUCACUAAAGCACCUUCCUUCCUGCCACGCGACCCACUUCUGCUUCAACUUAUGGAGAUGCAGCGCAACGGUAGCUUCGUCAGCAAUCUCAUGGGUGAUGGUCGGAUGCAAGGUUGGGCUCCUGAGCUUCGCGGUAUUCUAUCACUUGAAAUCGUGCGAAAGGCGGGUGACAAGAAGCGCAAGCGUGACUCUGGAAUUGUAGCAGACGUAGAGACAGAUGGCGAGAGGCAGGAGUCUCCGCCACAACUUGAGAUCCCACAGGACGAAGACGAGGGCUUCCAAGUCAACGCUGGCGACGACUUCGGACUUCGUUCGGACGGCUUCCAGCCCGGUGCUGAGGAUGACGUCCAACACGAAGACGAGGAGAACUACAUGUACGACGAACCACCCAUCAACUUCGACAUCACAGAAGCGCCUCUCCUGCACCCUUCACAACAGGGCGCUGUUGCGCUUGGCACGAAGAAGAUGGUGCAUAUGCUUCGCGAUCACUUUGCACCAGACCACCCGAAGGAACUCAAUGAGCCACCCACACCCAGCAAGCGUGUCAAGCAGUCGGCACUUUUCACUGAUCUCUGCCCAGAGAGGACCACUACGCGGCAAGACGCGACAAAGAUGUUCUUUGAGCUCCUUGUGCUCGGAACCAAGGACGCGAUCAAGGUCGAGCAAGAUAGCAAGGAUCUCGGCCUUCCGAUUCGUGUACGUGGCAAGCGUGGGUUGUGGGGCGACUGGGCUGAGAUGCAAAGUGGAGGCGAAAUCGCAAGUCAGGAGGCACCUGCUGCAGGUAUCGAAGUUGAGGCAGCAGCCUGA